AUGGAGAGUCUUGCCCGGCGGUUGUGUGUCUACACACUCACCUGGCUGGCUAUUUUAGGCGAUGCAGAUGAUCUGCUCCAGGCAAGUCGCUACAAACGCGAUGGUUCCUUCCUGGUUCCGCCUCACAUAUGGCAUGUCGAGACAGCUGCCUGUCGAUGGAUGAUUCAUCAACGACCGAACGUCUUUAGACGUCUGGAGGCUGAUCUCAGGACCGAGUCGGCCUUCGUCGGAGCGAACCACAGCCAGUCUUGGGGGGAUGCCUUGGACGCCUGCUGGUCUUCUUCCUCGUUUGUUUCUCGCGCGCUGUGCCUUGGCAUCGCCUCGUUCCGCGGCGCGGCGUUUGCCCUCUCAGCGUUCAACUCCUGGAGAGAACGAGAGAAAGCGCAAGAGAGAAAACUCGCCGUCCUCGUCACGGGCUCCUCCUCCGGCAUCGGCCUCCAAGUUACGCGCCUCCUCCUCGCUCUCGACUUCUACGUCAUCGGCACUCGGCUCCACUCAGAAGAUCCUCGGCGCGUCUUCGAAGAAAUCUGCAGAGGAAACUCAAGGCUUCUUCUUCUCCCCAUGGAUGUGACGAAUGCCGAGGACGUAGCUCGAGCUGUCGAAGCUACGAAAAAGUUUCUGAGAGAAAAUGACGUUUCGGGGCUCUACGCUCUCGUCAACUGCGCCGGCAUUUGGAACUGGAAUUUCAUCCAAACGCAGAGCCCACAAGAAACAGAAAAGUCUCUGAAGAGUUGGCGCGAGCUUUUCGACGUCAACCUGCUCGGAGCUGUGAGAGUCAUGCAUGCCUUUCUGCCGCUGAUGCAGGCCCGCGCUGUCUUCGUAGGAAGCAUUCUCGGGCGCAUGUCCAGUCCGGGGCAAACGGCGUACUGCGCGUCGAAGGCUGCAGUUCGCCUUCUCGCCGAAGGCGCGAGAAGCGAUGCGAGAGACGCCGGAGUCAACGUCGUCCUCGUUGCGUUUCUAGCAGAGGUCCGCGUUGCUCCCGCACAACAUGUCAAGUCUUCAACAUGCGUCUUUGCCAAGGAAACAUUGACUUUAUGUCACCCGGGGCGGCGCCGACGAACGCGGGGACAGUUGUCUCCUCGGCAUCCGCGAGGAUGUUUUUAUCGCCCAGUGCAGUCUUCUGCGGGCGCUCGCCUCUCCGCCAGAGCGAAUCGCGAGAGAAAUUGUCGACUCCACUCUCUGUGCAGUGACGCCGCCCACUGUUCUCUCUGUUGGAUGGGAUACGUACGCAUGGAGACUGCUUGAGAUCUGCCCUUUCCGGUGUCGAGAUCUCUGCCUAAAGCUUCUCUUUCUGAGUCCUGUUGUCCACCGGUUCCUCGCCGCAGUGCUGUGGGCCGCCUCCUGGCGCAGGGAGACAGAUGCGUGAACUGUCUGCGUCCGCUCAGGGAUCGGUGCGAGGGAAUUGAAACUGACAUCCUGAAAAGCCUUCACCCUCGCGAGUAAACGACCGCGUAGGUGCCGCGUCAAGCACCGCCGUAUAGAUACCUAGCCAGCGCAAGAGUUUCGUACCUGUAGGAAGAGCAAUCGUCACUGUCACAGCUGAGACGGAUGCUCGUGUAUCUACUUCUAGACCGCCCCUGAGGCAUCUCCACUCGCCGCAGCGGACGCGACGAUUCAGAGCAGCAGCAGCAGCUACGGGAGCCUCGCUAGACCCUCUGGAGACAACGAACGGUGUCUGUGGUUCAUGCGAAGGCGAAGAACAAAGUGCACACAACAAGCAGAGAGCUAGCGCGCGCGGCACUGGCUUGACGAAUUGCCUGCCUCGCCGGCGCUGCAGGACUCGGAGGCUGUUCGCUGCUCGUUCCUAACGCUCAGCUGAAGAGC